AUGAUCGAAGUUAUCGCCCUCGUCCUGUGUCUUGCCAUUGCCGCUAUGGCUUACGAUCACCACGACUAUCACUCGCAUCCGAGCUACAAAUUCGAGUAUGGAGUUAAGGACCCGCAUACCGGAGACCACAAGAGCCAGUGGGAACACCGGGACGGAGAUGUCGUCAAGGGAGCUUACACUCUGCAUGAGGCUGACGGAACCGAGCGAGUUGUUGAAUACUCGUCGGAUAAGCUCCAUGGAUUCCAGGCUCACGUGAAGCGCGUGGGACACGCUCACCACCCGGAAGUGUACGGUCAUCACGAGGGUGGACAAUCCUAUGGCGGCCAUGGCCACGGACACGCCAGCAGCUACGCUAACGGAAACCUCUUCCAGCAUCACCACUAA